UCUAAAAUAAAAAAAUAACAAAGUGAAGGAAUUGUAAAUAAUGGAAAUUAACAAGAAAAUAAAAAUAUAUACAUUGUAUUUAAUUUAAACUAAAUGUUAAUACAAUAAAACUGCAUUAAUUACAAUUUUGGACGUACUCACCUUUUUUAAAUAAAUUUAAAUAAAUAAAGAGUCCUGGCUCUGUCUGAUUGGCUUAGACGACUCACGUCACGAAACGUUCCUGUCACGUAAAAUGUCGCCAGGCUUGAUGGGAAAUGUAGUGCGAUACUAACAUAGGUUGAGAUAUCCACCGCUUAGAUGUUGUCAGUCUCAAACGACAUUACCCAGCAUCCACCAGGAGCAGUGCAACGUUGACGUGUAUUUGUUAGUAGUCCGGAAAAACUCCAAUUUAACAUCAUCCACUUGUGAAAGCCGGACAUCAUUUUGCCUCAACUUGAACAAAUUGACGGACAUUUUGGGAAUUUUUAAGCGGUGGGUGACUUCGCAAGUGUGUGACGAUGUCCGGAGAAAUUUCUAUGAUCGGUUCUGUGAUCCUGGCCCUGUUCCUGGCAGGCUACCUGGGCCAGCAGUACUUACCGCCCCCCACACCCAAAGUGAUCGGCCUGGAUCUGGGUACCACCUUUUGCUCUGUCGGCGUCUUCCAUCCGGGCAGCGGGGAGGUGGAGGUGAUAGCAGAUGAUGAGGGCAGGAGGAGCAUCCCCAGCGCCGUCUCCUUCACCACCACCGCGGUCCUGGCUGGACACCAAGCCGUGGACCUGGCCGACAGCAACCCGCAAAACACCGUCUACGAUGCCAAGAGGUUCAUCGGGAAGAUAUUUGAGGCGGAGGUCCUGGAGCAGGAGAGUGCUCGGUACCCGUUUCAGGUGAUUAACAACAACGGCAGUGCAGAGUUUCUGAUCUCCACCAACCACACCUUCACUGUGAGCCCGGAGUUCAUCGGCUCUCGGCUGCUGCUGAAGAUGAAGAAAAUGGCUGAGGAACAACUGGGCGUUCCCAUCCAGAAAGCGGUCAUCUCAGUGCCUGCAGAGUUUGAUGAGAGACAGAGGAACUACACUGUCAGAGCCGCCAACCUCGCUGGCCUGGAGAUCCUUCGUGUGAUCAACGAGCCCACAGCUGCAGCCAUGGCCUACGGCCUGCACAAGGUGGACGUGUUCAACGUGCUGGUGGUGGACCUCGGGGGAGGAACUCUGGAUGUUUCUCUGCUCAACAAACAGGGAGGCAUGUUCCUGACCAGAGCCAUGGCAGGCAAUAACAAGCUGGGAGGUCAGGACUUCAGCCAGAGGUUGCUCCAGUACACCACAGAGAGAGUCCGACAGGAGUUUGGCGUCCCACCCACUCUAAAAGAGGACAUCCACCGUCUCCGUCAGGCUGUGGAAGCCGCCAAGCUCAACCUCACCCUCCACCCCAGCGCCACCAUCAGGGUGCCCCUGCACCUUCACACCCACGACGGCUCUGAGUCACCCGAAGGCGCCGCUCCGGUCCUCUUCCAGGCUGAGAUCACUCGCGAGCUGUUUGAGGAGCUCAACGAGGACCUUUUCCAGAAGAUCCUGGCUCCCCUUGAGACUGUGUUAGCCGAGGGCCACCUGAAGAAAGAAGACGUGGACGAGAUUGUUCUGGUGGGAGGGUCCACCAGGAUACCGCGGAUCAGGAGGCUGAUCAGCGAGUACUUUGGGAAGGAGCCCAACACGUCAGUAGACCCUGACCUGGCUGUGGUCACAGGUGUGGCCAUUCAGGCCGGCAUCAUGGGCGGCUCCUGGCCCUUACAAGUGAGCGCUAUAGAAAUCCCCAACAGACACCUGCGUAAGACGAACUUCAGCUAAUCUUUAGCAAGAUUAUUUAUUACGAUAAAACAGAUGCCUCAAAGACUGUUCCAUGCUUCGCUAAUGUGCAUUAUUUAAAAUCUGCUGAAGUGAGAAAAAUGAGCAACAAAAGACACUGUCAUCAAAUGAAGUCAUGUAAGAUACUCAGGUUUUAGUUUUGACAAAGGUGAUGGCAGAAAAAAUGUGAUUAUCAUUAGGGAUGUAACGGUACUCUGGAGGCAGCUAAUCGGUGAUGCAGCUAUAUGCCGAUUCAAAACGCCAGUGGAGGCUGUCUACUUUGGACUUCUAGGUCGCAUGCAUCAGUAUCUGUGUCAACAGAUCAUCAGGUGAAUGUUUUCACAUUUAAGAUGCACCAUUUUGGCGAUCUAAUUAGUGGAAAGCUAAUUUUGCGCGCUGUUAGCUCUGACGAGUUGCAUUUGGAUGCGCUACAACUACGACCUGGAGGAAUCCAGAGAAGAGUCGGAAAAUAAGAUGCGAGAGCAGGUGACAGACAAGAAAAAAAGAGUACGCACUGUGAAUGUCCAGAAAUAUAAAUUUUUGCCUAAAAAUUGCUGAUAUCCUUAAAACAUUAAAAUAGUGACAAAAAGAAAGAAAUAUGCAUUGCAUAUAUUAGCCCUACCUCGUGAAAUAUAAAAUAAAUUAAUUUAAUGAAGAAAAGAUAAAAUAUUUUGUAGUUUUUGUCUGAGGAACAAAGGUAUUUCUUUUUUCACUCAUAAUUUGUCCUCCAUCUCAUCUUGUUAAAAAAUAUCGUUCCAAAACUGUAUCUUAAACACGUUAUUGUGCAUCGGAUCGAAUCGUAUCGUUACAUCUCUAAUGGUUGUUCUGAACCAUGACAACGUUCCUCUUCAACAGAUGUUGAGGACUGUUGAAAGCUGUAGAAGUGAACCGUCCUGUUCUUGUUUUUGAAGUGACAGCUGCUUUUGUUGAAGCUAUAGCAGAAAUAACAGCGAAAAAACUGAUGAAAUGUGAAUGAGAAGCCUUGUGUAUCUACUGACCCAUUAAGCUUUGUUCAUGAUGCUUAUUCACGGUAGAUACUUUAACGGUGUACGAUUCAGGGAACAACCUUUAAAAGGACUUGUAGAGAAGCCAGUUGAUCUUCAGCUAUUUAUUUAUUUAUUUCCGUUAAGUGUGAGUGUGUGUUUUGCAGGCCUUUGAUGAAUUUUUACAUCUUUCCAUAACCACGUGUGCUUGUGCCUGUUCAGAAAGCUGCUAUAUAGUUUAAAUCAAAGCUCAGACCUGAACCACUGAAGGUCCUUGUCCAGGUCCCUGUGCAGAGGAAAGGCCUUAGUGUAAAGAUGUAGUCAUGUAUAUAUCAUUUCAAACACAUUCACUGCAAUAGUGACUUCUCGUCUUUUAAAUAAGGUUUUUCUGGUCAGCUGCGCAGUCCCCCCCAAUGAUGGAGAAAGCCUUAAUGUUCACACAGUACUGUAAACUUUUUAAUCAUUGGCUUCAUUUCUGUAUUUGAAUGAAAUAUAGACUGUAUAAUUAGUCUCAGAGUAAAAGAGAAGUCAUGCUCAGUGCUGCACUUUGAGGACUUCCACUUGUUGGCCAACUUUCCUUUUUUUGUGCAAUAGUGCAUGCUUUAUUUAAACACACUUAAUAUAAUAUUUCCUCUGCAUAUCAGAGGAAAGCACAGUAGCCUGCUUCGGCUGUACUGUAGGUAGAGAAGGUCAACCGUGGUUGUCCCACAGAAGGACCAAAGCUUUGCUUACUGCUGCCUUUAAAUGGGAUUAUGUUCACAUUUACGAGGUUUGUUGGACUUCGUGAUUGGUUUGAGGUUGACUGGGCGCCUUAAUUUGGACGGACUCUUCUAAUAAGUUGGUGUGAGGAAAAUCGGUUUCACCUGCACUUACACGUGCAUCUCAAUACAUUAGAUUAUCAUGGAAAAGUCAAUUUCCAAGUCAAAUAUCCCCAACAAGUAUUGAGUCAUAUAGAUGGACAUAAAUGUAAGCCAUAAUCAUUAUAAUUAGAAUAAAUUAAAUAAAUUAAGACAUGAAAUGUUUCAUUCUGUGUGUAAUGGAUCUAUAUAAUGUGUUAUUUCCACUUUUUUAAUUGAAUUACUGACAUAAAUAAACUUUCUAUGAUGUUGUAAUUUAUUGAGAUGAACCUGUAUUCUGACUAGGCUGAUUAUUGGACAUCUAGUAUGGAAGAUGAUUUCCAUUUGUCUUUGGAAAACCCAGAACUUCAGAUGGCCCAUUGUAACCAUUUUACAACCAAGAACUCAACUCGCCUACAUUCCUUUAAAAAGUAUUGCCUUUUUGUUGCCAAAUGUCAUUCAGUAGGUGUAUUUAUUAUUGGAUCUACUUUCAAAUGUUGAUAUAUUGAUAUAUAAUACUAGAGCCUUUACUAAAGAUGAAGCAAAUCUGCGA